AUGAAAUUUCAAGAUUUUACAAAAAUGAAUUAGAAAAACAUUCUAUAUGGAGGGUUUGCUUUAGUUCUUUCUAGUGGAUUUAGUGCUUGGGCAUUAGGUAAAUUUAUUGGUUAUCUUAAUCAUAAAAAAAUGGCUAGGAUUUGUAAAAGAAAAAGAUAAGCAACAAUUGAAGCUAUAAAUAAUUAUAAAUUAAACCAUCAACCAUGUUAAUUGAGUUAAGAUAUUUAAAACUAAAUACUUAACGGUAAUGUUGCUUAAAUAAAAUAAUUAUUAUUUGAAGGAAAAACGACUGUUUAAUAAAUAGUGUUAGUUUUUAUUGAAAGAAUACUUAAGGUGGCAUGUUCAGACAAACUUAAUAUUAUAACAGAAAUCAAUUUUAAUGAAGCAUUAGAAGAAGCCAAGUAAGUUUGAUUAAUAAUUUAGAAAAUAAGACGAGGAAAUAUAAUAAGAUAAAAAUAUAAUAAAUUAAUAUGCUUUAUUUGGUAUUCCUGUAUCAGUAAAAGAAACAUUUAUUCAGAAAAACUUUGACUCUACUUUUGGAUUAGGAAUUAAUUGUUUUAAACCUGCUUAAGAAGAUGGAAUAUAAGUUGCUUAAAUUAGAUAAGCUAAAGGUAUAAUUAUAGCUAGGACUAACAUUCCUUAAGUGGCUAUGACAUUUGAAUCAAUAAAUCAUAUUUAUGGAACAACAAAGAAUCCAUGGAAUCCAAACAGAUCUGUUGGAGGAUCUUCUGGAGGAGAAGGAGCUUUAGCAGCUGCAAGAGGAAGUGUUUUGGGAAUUGGAUCAGACAUAGGUGGGAGCAUACGUAUACCAGCAGCAUUUUGUGGUGUAUAUGGAUUCAAACCAUAUAGUGGUAGGAUUCCAGAUUAUGGUGAGGCUAAGAUUUCAUUUGCAGCUUUUGGACAAAUGCAAUUAAAAAUAUCUAGAGGACCUAUAGCUAGAUGUGUAGAUGAUUUAAUUGUUCUAACAAAGGUUCUGUUUGAUAAAGAAAUUUAUUCUAAAAUUCCUUAUUAAAUAAAGGAUCCUUAUUUUGAACCUUAAGAAUUAGGUGAAUUACCAUAGAAGUAAAAAUUAAGGGUUGGAUAUUUUGAUAUAUUUAAUGGAUUAAUUACACCUAAUUGUAUGAGUAGAGCAGUACAUGAAGCUUGUUAAGCAUUGUAACUUUAAGGACAUGAAAUAGUUGAAUUUAAGGUAAAUAAAUAAAUGUAAAGUAUUAUUGCUAAUUGUUUUUUAAAAAUAGUUGUUGCUGAUGGAGGAAUGAAAUCUUAUAUUGAAGCUUUGAAUGGCUAAAAAUUUAUAGAAGAGUAUGAUCUUUUAGUAUAAGAUUCAAAUACAUCUUUAGGAAUCAAAAGAUUUAUUUUAGGUCCAUUAUUUAAGUUAUUAGGAUAAAAGACUCUUUUGGAAUAUAACUAUAAUUCAAAAGUAGAUGUAUAUUAAUAUUUGGUUGAUUCAGCAAUUAGAAAAUAAACUAAUUUAUAAUUUUGUUAAGCAGUUCAUGAUUAAGGAAUAGAUGUUAUAAUCUCUCCUGCUUUUGGGUUACCUGCUGUGAAACAUGGAGAUUCUAAAGAAUUGGCAUUUGCUGCGUAUAUUAAUGUUCUUAUAAUAGAUUAUAUACUUGGAUGUGGAAUGUUUUAGAUUUUCCUGCAGGUAGUUUACCUGUAACAAUAGUUCAAAAUGAUUAAGAUUUAGAAAUUAAAGGUUAAGAAAAUUCAAUUGAUCUUUUUUAUAGAUUUAUGAAAAGCGAUUUAUAAGGAGCAAUAGGUCUUCCAGUCAAUGUUUAAGUAUCAGCCUUACCUAAUAAAGAUGAAAUGGUUUUAAGAGUAAUGAAAGAAAUCGAGGCUGUUGUGAAAUUUAAUUCCAAACAUCCAUAUCCUGAAUUAAACUGAA